UUUACGCCCCCUUAAAAUUUCGGCCUUAUAACCUCAAAAAUUGUCUGGGUUCUUUUAUUUUUCCGCCAUCGCCGCUCUUCCACCUCCAUUCAAAUUCCUCACCGCAACAAACCCUUAACACCCUUUUCGUAUUUUUCACUAGUAACAAUGAGGAAAGGAACAAAGCGAAAGGCUAACGAAGUAGUAGGAAAAGGCAAGGCGAAAGUGGAGGACGAAGCGCCAGCCGCAGCCACCACCUCAGUAGAAGAAGGGGCUAACAAGAAUGAGCUUGGAGAAACCCAAUUAGCUGCUGAGAAAAACGAAUCUAAGAAAAACGAACCCAAGAAAAAGAAAAACGACAAAGUUGUUGUUAAGCGUCAAGCUAAACGAGCUAGGAUUGUUAAGCCUGAGCCUGAGCCUGAGUACUUCCCUGAUAAGCGUAGUUUGGAAGAUCUGUGGCAAGAGGUUUUUCCUGUUGGCACAGAGUGGGAUCAGAUUGACAUGGUUUAUCAAUACAAAUGGAAUUUCUCAAAUCUUGAAGAUGCAUUUGAAGAAGGUGGAGAAUUGCAUGGACAGAAAGUCUAUCUUUUUGGUUGUACAGAACCACAAUUGCUUUUUUUCCAGGGACAAUCAAAAGUCACGUGUAUACCUGUUGUGGUUGCUGUUGUAUCUCCUUUUCCACCUUCUGAUAAGAUUGGAAUUAACUCUGUACAAAGGGAAGCUGAAGAGAUACUGCCAAUGAAACAGAUGAAAAUGGACUGGGUUCCAUACAUUCCUUUGGAAAAACGGGAAUCUCAAGUUGAAAGACUCAAAUCCCAAAUUUUUAUUCUGAGGUGUACUCAGAGAAGGGCUGGUUUAAAACACUUGAAGUUGGAGCGAAUUAAGAAGUUUGAGUAUUGCUUACCUUAUUUCUAUCACCCAUUUGCAGAAGAUGAAAUUGAACAGAGCACCACUGUGCAGAUUUUGUUCCCAUCAGAACCGCCUGUGUUUUGUGAGUUUGAUUGGGAAUUUGAUGAGCCAGAGGAAAUGGCAGACAAAUUUAUCGAGUCAGAGGAGUUGCCGGCAGAUAAAAAAGAUGAAUUUGUGGAAUAUGUGAAGCAGCAGGUUAAGGAAGGAAAGAGGAGCAACCGAGAGGCGAGAGAAGCCAGGAAAAAGGCUAUACAGGAGAUGAGUGAAGAAGCGAAGGCUGCAUUUCAGAGUAUGAAGUUCUACAAAUAUUAUCCUGUGACCUCACCUGAUGCUCCUGAUGUAUCUCAGGUCAAGUCUCCAUUCAUAAACAGAUACUACGGGAAGGCUCACAAAAUUUUCUGAAUGAUGAUGCAUCAGAGAGCAUAUUCAGAAUGGGAAAAUAAGUAAGUAUGAUCUGAAAGCAUGUACUUGUGGUAGCCUACUUCAGAGCUGAAUGAUAGAAUUAGCAUUUGUUUUGCGGCAACCAUUAGGGUUAUAAAAGUAUUUGAGGAUGUAGAAAGAGGUGAAAUGUAUUUUUUCCUCAAUCCCUGUAGCUAGAGUGUUCAGUCAAAAAUUUUGGCAAUGGAUUCCGUCUUCAUUACCUGUGAAAUCUCGUUUUAUCUUGGAUGCAAAUGUAAUCCUUUUUGUAUCUUUAAUCAUCAUGCACCUACAGACUUUAUGAGCUGCAGUCAGCACUUUGUUAUUAGUUCGACUUGAUCAGAUGAACUAUGAUUACUUUUGCUUCAUAUAA